CGUCAGGGCACAAGACUUAAGGGACAGGAAAAGGCUGUGUGUGGAGAGACGCUACCCUGGGCGUGUGCAUGUGUGUGUUUUGCUUUCUAAUUUUCCUCCCCUUCAUUCCUGGGUUUCAACGAAGCUCACAUCGAACUGUAAUUAAGAGUUCUUGGAAACGUCCUUCACGUCUGACGUCGUGCUGUGGUUUUUUUUUUCCCCUCCGACUGCAAGUGGCUCUCCCUCCCUCUGUCCCUUGGAUCGGGACUUUCUUCUUCGGCCAGGCGCGAGGCAAGAAGCGAGCGCGCGCGCACAGCUCGAGGCGAGCGCCCACGGCAAGAGACCCUGCGCUGUGCUCGGUGGCCAACGUCACGGGUCUGGUUAUUUUUUUGGCGGCAUCUGCGCUUUGAAGCUGUGAGAAAGUGAAGAAGAUUGUUGGGCUAUAAAGGAUGAAGAAUCUACUUUUUCUGGUGCUGAUUUCUUUCUGCUGGGCUAACCUUCAUGCUGCCAACCUCACUCUGGAGCAUGACAGAAUUAUUCACAUCCAUGAAAAUGGUCCUCGCCUUGUUGUGGAAGCAGAACAAACUAAAAUCUUCUCACAUCGAGGUGGCAAUAUCACACUGCCGUGUAAAUUUCAUCGUGACCACGCAUUAGCUGACUCAGGGUUCCAUAAUAUUCGGAUCAAGUGGACCAAAAUCACCUCAGAUUACCUCAAGGAAAUUGAUGUCUGUGUUCAAAUGGGAAAUCGCAAUAAGAGCUAUGGAAAUUACCAAGGAAGGGUCUACCUGAAGAAAAGCACUGAAAAUGAUGCCUCCCUUGUAAUCACAAAUGUAAUGCUUGAGGAUUAUGGGAAAUAUAAAUGUGAAGUGAUUGAAGGACUAGAAGAUGACACAACAAUUGUAUCUGUAUAUUUAGAAGGCGUCGUGUUCCCUUACAGUACACAGCUGGGGCGCUAUCACUUUAACUUCUAUGAGGCUCAGCAAGCCUGCCAGGACCAAGAUGCAGUGAUUGCUUCAUUUGACCAGUUGUAUGAAGCAUGGAGGUCAGGUCUGGACUGGUGCAAUGCAGGCUGGCUCAGUGAUGGGUCAGUGCAAUAUCCUAUCACAAAACCCAGGGAGCCUUGUGGUGGGAAGAACACAGUGCCUGGAGUCCGGAAUUACGGCUUCUCAAACAAAGAUCAAAGUCGAUAUGAUGUCUUCUGUUUUACUUCUACAUUUAAAGGCCGUUUUUACUACCUAAUACACCCGACCAAGCUGACCUACGAUGAAGCAGUGCAAGCCUGCCUCAAAGAUGGUGCACAGAUUGCUAAAGUAGGCCAAAUGUUUGCAGCCUGGAAACUGCUAGGCUAUGACCGCUGUGAUGCUGGCUGGCUGGCUGAUGGCAGCGUCCGGUACCCCAUCUCCAAGCCCAGGAAACGCUGCAGUCCUACUGAAGCAGCAGUACGCUUUGUGGGCUUCCCAGAUAAAAAGCACAAGCUCUAUGGCGUGUACUGUUUCAGGUCAUACCAGUGAAUGUCCCUAGAGCACAACAACUUCCAAUCCAUCAAGAACAUGUGAAGGAUCUUGUUUCAAUAUGAACUCAUGCAAGUUACCAAAACUGUGAUAAAUCUUUUUUACUUACUGUAAAGAGUCAUUUUCAUAAAACCAACCCAUUCAUUUGUUUUGGGGUUGUUGUUUUUUUUUAAGCUAUCAUUCAAUAGAUAUUUUAAAUUAAUAUAAUUUAAAGGAAGCUCUAGGUAAGGAUGUAAUGUUUGAAAUGUAACUGUUUAAGCUACAUCAUUCCAAGAAAACAUAACUUCUCAUGAAUGGGGCAUGCAAUAGCUUGAUGAUUGCUAGGACUAAAUUAAGGAAUGUAAGGCUACUCAAAACAAGAAACCUUUCCAAUGACAAAGUUUACAUAUUUGUAUCAUGUUGUAAUAGACCAGAAGAUUAUGGCUGCGACCUGCAGGUCUGAACUACAUUGUUAUUUUAUUAAGAGGCAUUCCAUGUGGUUUUGCAAACAGUUAAAAACAAAGACAUGAUGAACACAAUUUAAAGUGACAAUGUUUUAUAAUGUCUAAAACAUGAGAUUUGUUUCACUAUUUAAAAUCAUGUCUUUCAGCAAAAGCUGCUCAAUAAUCCCAUGACAUUCCAACAAGCACAGCUAAAUCUUCUGAACAUCAUUCCUGGUUUUAUUGUGCAGUAGAUAUGUGUGUAUGGAUAAGUAAAGGGUGGACCCUACAUUCUUCUUAAUACAAACAAAAUAUGCCUGAGAUGCAUUGCAUUACCUUUGAGUAGCUUUUUCAAGUUAUUUUGUUUUUGAAACUCUAAAGGCCAUUUUGCUAAGCAGCAUUUAGCAUCUACUCAGGGCAGUUAUAUAUAAAUGAACUGCUGGACAGAACAGAAAAUGUAUUAAAUUUAGCAGCUUGAUUUCAUGUUAGCUUUUAAAUAUUAUUGUCUUUAUAAAUGAAACAUUACAAUAUUUAAUAUUUCUUUCUUAGUUACAUAUGUGAAAGAUAAAUAUUUGAAUGAAUCUUGAAACAUAUAAUCCACUCUGGUUUUUAACAAGCCCUCUAAUCCCAGGUAGGAAAAUUGAAAAUAUCCCUGUGUUCAGAACCCCUGAUGUUCAGUGCCCCAUCUACAUAUGGAGCUUCUGUGUGAGUUUCCCAGUUCAUUUUCAUUGAGGUGACAGUUCCAUGCAUGCAUCCCAUUAUGCCUAGUGAGCUAUUCCUCUGUUGAAGUGAAUAAGGAAGGUGGGCAGAGGAGCUCGGAGUGCACAUUGGAGUUCCCAUGGCCACAAAGGAUCACUCGAUCAAGAGAAGCAUGGUCAACUGCACCAAUGUUCUUAAUUGUGCCUCUUUGACUGAUCAUUACUGGGAUUAAGGGACAUGUCCCCAAACUGUAGUACCCAACUGUGCAAAGGUCUGUAUUAAAAAUGUUGCAUGUAACAUGGUGUUACUGAUGGAAAAUAAAAGGAGAAAUGUAUAUUAUACAGUUUAUGGAGAUACCUAAAGGACUUGGGCACUGAUUCAGCAAACGUUAGUCAUGACUCAGUCCCAUGGAAACCAAUGGAAUGAGCUAGUCAUGAUUAAUUUAAGUCUCAUUGCUUUCACUAGGACUCAGACAUGACUAACUUUUUAGAUAGAUUGGGGUCACUGACUACUAUUUUCCAUAGAUAUGUCAGCUUCACACUUCCUUCAGAAGCAUGGUACCUUAUUUGCCAAGGGUACGAUAAACAGAGCACUGAAUUACUACACAUGGGAGGGAUAUGGCCAAUUGUUUGUGGUCUUGACUUGACUGCUUUCACUGAAGGUAGUUGGAGAGAAUAGUCAUACUGAAGCAGAACUGAAAGUACUCUCCACAGUAAUGAAGCUACUGGUGGAAACCAGAGUACUGAGCACUUCUGGGCACUUACGUAAAUGGUCCCAAGUAAUUUUAAAUGAUUUCUGAAUAAAAUGAGGAGAAAUUGCAAUGUUGCGUGCAUACAUACACACAUUUGCAUUGAUUUAAACCACAGCUCAAAAUGGAAAUAUGAGGUGAUUGUGAAAUCGCAGAAAGAUUACUUUGUGUGCAGUGCUAAUCAAUGGUGUGUGUAUUGGUACACACACUGGUAACAUGUAAAGAAAAGGAGAAUACCAAUGUAACCUGCAGAAAGCAGCUUAUGAGGUCUGGAAGAAGUCCAGAAAUCAAACAUAAAAGCAUAGUGGAUCACUAGGAUGGCAGUAUCACUGUGCAAACCGGAUCUGGUAAUUUGGAGCCCCAUAAUCUGGACAGUAUAUGGUGUAUUGAGUGGAAGAACAUGUAAUACACAGGAUUAGAUUGUUGCUGUAUCUUAGUCACUGGAGUUAGUUGCUUCUAUUCAGAAAUUUUCUCAUUUGAAGUUUCUGUAAUGUGGCCCAAGAUGUUCAGGAAAGGAAGGGAGGAGAAAACAAGAUGGAGAAAGGGGAAGGGGAAGGCUGGGGUUAAUAGAAAAAGGAGUUAAUAAUUAUUAGAGGUUUCAAAUCCUGCACACUGUGUUUUCCUUGUCAGAAACAAACUACAAAAAGAGAAAAGGUGAAGGUUUGGUAGGAAAAGCUCAUAAUUGGUUAGAGAAAUGAGGUUUGAGUGGGAAAGGCCUGUAGGCUAAAGGAAAAUGUUUGUCCACUUUAAGCUGUUGUUUCCCUACACUCUGCCUUCAAGCACCCUUUAACGCAUGCUACCUGAGAAGAGUGUGCAUUUAGCAUUUUCAAGCAGCAAAUAAUUUCAAAAAAAAUUCUCCCACACAGCAGGAAGAAAAAAACUAUCACAACCAAACAGUGAUUGGUGUGGCAAGGGACAGUGAGGAGGCAUUUCUUAGGCAGCCCAUCUGUUAUUACCUAUUCUUUUGAAGACAAAAACCAUGUAGAACUCUUUCCUUGCUGACUUCAAACAACUCAAGAGGACCAAUAUUUAAACAAAAUAAAUUUCACAUUUUCCAAUGGUUUCCCUAUCCAAAAGGGAUAGAAUGGUAUUCUAGACUAUGACAUAGCUGAUGUGCUUUGAGGAAUGUGUUUUGUGCAGAUAUUAAUUUGGAAAUAAAUAAAUAAACCUGAUCCCUGAAAUGUUGGUGGUCCAAUUUGAAAAAUCUGUUAAUGAAGCUAAUAAAUGUGUGGUAUGAGUGUAGCAGAUAUAUAUUGCAGUGUGAGAAUAUUUUUGAUGGCCAUUAGAAUUUAUGCUACUGUUCCAAACAACCUCAUAAUACCAAAUAUAUCUUUAACUGCAUUGUCUUAUGUUAUAUUUGUAGUUCUCUCCUCCCUCUAAAAGGAAUUUUUGACUUUUUUUGAAUUUUUGAAAUAUUUCCCUAUGUCCUAACCCUCAAGGACAUAUUCCUGAAGGUCUUCUGGAGGGAAGAGAGAGAGGGGCGAAAAAAAAUCACUCAGCCCCUCCCCUUCUGUACACAUUUUCCUACUUGGCAACAUGCUGGGUGGAGCUUCAAGGAAGAGUCUUCCACCAAUGAGCUCCUGUUAUGCAAUUCUAACACUGUGCAGAAUGUCAGCCAACAUACUCUUUCAAUGGCACAGAGGACUUGCAAGGGAAGGGGUUGUCAUCCAAAUACCUCCCCCUCACAUGAGUGCCCAUGCUGUGUCAGUCUAGAACUCAGCAGGAGCACUGGUGCUUCAUUAGGAUGUUGGCCAGUUUUUGUAGACUGUAUUUUCCUUGUCUUUGUACAAGGUUUACAUUCAAAUUUCUCUUUCCAAAUUUUACCCCAGAUUUGGGGAUUUUGAAUUGUCAUGGAUUGGCACUGAUAGUUUUUGUCAUUCUUUUGAUCUGGUUUUCUGGACAUUUGACUGCUACUUGGUUACUUCCAACAAACUUCCCAUUUGUCCCAUUUAUUUGUGUUAGUAUGAUUUUUUUUUCUUUGCAGGUCAGUCAAAUUUACAAAUAUGAUUCACAAUACAUGAUAUAAGUAUUCCUUAUAUAUUUAUUAAUAGAAUUGUGCAUCAACGUUAAUGCAGUAACUGGAAUAUAUGUAUUUAACUGAAGUUAUUAGGUGGAUUAUUUUUGAGCAAAAUAAACUUCAGGUAGGAAAAAAUCUCCAGGAAAUCUGUCGGAUGCUUUACUCAAAGCAAUACUGAUGCAAUUAAAAUGAAAUUUUGCACACUGCA